UUUUCGGAACUAAACAAGGCCUAAGUCAGUUGCUGUUUCACCCUGAACCUUCUCCAGGAACCUAUCUGAAUGAUGUUUCCUCUACCUAGCUCGCUGAUGUGUUCGUGCAAGAUUUUUAGACGGUUUCGGUGUCCACUAUAGGAACGAUUACAUAUGGGUGUGGACUGUAAAUUAAAUAAACAGAAGCAAAAUUCAGAAAUCCUCUUGUUCGUUCUCUUUCCCCUCUGGAGCCGGACAGAAGGAUACCGGACACGACAGCAUGCAUCAUGCAUUCUUCAUGCGAUGGUGACCAGUUUGAGCUUCGCAAGCACCUGUAGACACGCGCCACGCUUAUACUACCCGCCUAGUUAGCUAGCUAGCUAGUACCGCAUUGGAAUCGAAUUGCCGAUCGCCCAUUGUUCGCCACGAUCCUAGCCUCACCCUCACGUGUACUGUAGCUUAGCUAGAGCAUCCCGGAGAUUCAAAGUGGCGGCGGUCAUGUCUCCCAUGGCAGCGGCGGCGGUCGGCAUGUCUCCAAUGGCGGCGGCGGUGGCGGCAUCAUCGUUCCCUUCCUGCGGCCCCUUCCGUUGCCCGGCAGCGGCGACGCGUCCUCAUUGCUCGGUGAGCAGGAGGAGAUCCUUCUCCUCGGUGGUGGCCAUGGCUUCCGCAGCCCAGGUGAGAGCUCCGAGCAGGAAGCCGUUCGCGCCUCCUCGCGAGGUGCACCGGCCGGUGGCGCACUCGCUGCCGCCGCAGAAGCGGGAGAUCUUCGAGUCGCUGGACUCGUGGGCGGCGGACAACAUCCUGGUGCUCCUCAAGCCCGUGGAGCGGUCGUGGCAGCCGCAGGACUACCUCCCCGACGCCGCCUCCGAGUCCUUCGCCGACGACGUCCGCGAGCUUCGGGAGCGCGCCCAGGAGAUCCCCGACGACUACUUGGUCUGCUUCGUGGGCGACAUGGUGACCGAGGAGGCGCUGCCGACGUACCAGACCAUGCUCAACACCCUUGAUGGCGGCGUCCGCGACGAGACCGGCGCCAGCGCCACCAGCUGGGCGGUGUGGACCAGGGCGUGGGCCGCCGAGGAGAACCGGCACGGCGACCUCAUGAACAAGUACCUCUUCCUGACGGGGAGGGUGGACAUGAGGCAGAUCGAGAAGACGAUCCAGUACCUCAUCGCCUCCGGGAUGGACCCCAAGACGGAGACCAACCCGUACAUGGGCUUCGUCUACACCUCGUUCCAGGAGCGCGCCACCUUCAUCUCCCACGGCAACACGGCGCGCCACGCCAGGCGGUACGGCGACGCCAAGCUGGCGCAGAUCUGCGGCACCAUCGCCGCCGACGAGAAGCGGCACGAGUCGGCGUACGAGCGGAUCGUCGCCAAGCUGUUCGAGGUGGACCCGGACUACACGGUGCGCGCCUUCGCCGACACCAUGAGGAAGAAGGUGGCCAUGCCCGCGCACCUCAUGUACGACGGCCACGACGACGCGCUCUUCGCGCGGUUCAGCGCCGUCGCGCAGCGCCUCGGGGUGUACACGGCCAGGGACUACGCCGACAUCCUCGAGUUCCUGGUCCGCCGCUGGGGCGUCCAGGACCUCACGGGGCUGUCCGGGGAGGGCCGCCGCGCGCAGGAGUUCGUGUGCGAGCUGGGGCCACGGUUCAGGAGGCUGGAGGAGAGGGCGCACGACAAGGCCAAGGACAAGGACACGGAGUUCGCGCCAUUCAGCUGGAUUCACGGCCGACAGGUCCAGCUCUGAUCGGUUAAAGAUGAUGAUGAUGGUGAAUGGCUGGGACGGAUUUGCCGACUUCCACUUCUUCAUGAGAUGAUUACUAUAUAGUCUAUAAUUAAAGAUGAUCCGGUGAUCGUUAUUAACACUUAAUAAGUGAAUUCGUUGUAAAACGCGUCAGAUUAGGUCAGCGA